AUGAAGCGUUUAUUGUGCUUUUUGUUGCAGGUGGAGUAUAGAGAAAUGGACGAGAGCCUGGCUAACCUCUCUGAAGAUGAGUAUUAUUCGGAAGAAGAGAGGAAUGCCAAAGCUGAGAAGGAGAGAAAGCAGGUUCCGCCACCGCCCCCAGCUCCCCCAGUAGAGGAGGAGAAUGACAGCGAACCAGAGGAGCCGUCCGGUGUAGAGGGGGCAGCUUUUCAGAGUCGGCUGCCUCAUGACCGCAUGACGUCUCAGGAAGCAGCCUGCUUCCCUGACAUCAUCAGCGGCCCUCAGCAGACACACAAAGUGUUCUUGUACAUUCGAAACCGCACACUGCAGCUGUGGCUGGAUAACCCCAAAAUACAGCUAACCUUUGAAGCAACCGUCCAGCAGCUGGAAGCACCAUACAACAAUGAUGCUGUGCUUGUCCACAGGAUACAUAGCUACUUGGAGAGGCAUGGGUUAAUCAACUUUGGCAUUUACAAGCGAGUGAAACCCUUACCAACUAAGAAGACUGGAAAGGUGAUAAUAAUCGGCUCGGGAGUCUCUGGCCUGGCUGCUGCCCGUCAACUACAGAGCUUUGGGAUGGACGCCACAGUGCUGGAGGCCAGGGAUCGUGUGGGAGGAAGAGUGGCCACUUUCCGCAAGGGAAACUAUGUUGCUGAUUUGGGAGCCAUGGUAGUUACAGGGCUUGGUGGGAACCCUAUGGCUGUCAUCAGCAAGCAAGUGAACAUGGAGCUGGCUAAGAUCAAACAGAAGUGUCCCCUUUAUGAAGCAAACGGACAAGCUGGCGAAAGAUGCACCAGUGUCCCGAAAGAAAAAGAUGAGAUGGUGGAGCAGGAGUUCAACCGCCUGCUGGAGGCCACGUCGUACCUCAGCCACCAGCUGGACUUCAACUUCCUCAACAGCAAGCCAGUGUCCCUGGGACAGGCUCUGGAAGUGGUCAUCCAGUUGCAGGAGAAACAUGUGAAGGAUGAACAGAUUGAACACUGGAAAAAAAUUGUGAAAACACAAGAAGACCUGAAAGAACUUCUAAACAAGAUGGUGGCGACGAAGGAGAAGGUGAAGGAGCUGCAUCAGCAGUACAAGGAAGCCUCGGAGGUGAAGCCCCCCCGAGAUAUCACUGCUGAAUUUCUCGUGAAGAGCAAACACAGGGAUCUCACAGCACUCUGCAAGGAAUAUGAUGAAUUGUCUGAGGCGCAGGUGAAACUGGAAGAGAAACUACAGGAACUUGAAGCCAAUCCCCCCAGUGAUGUAUACCUCUCAUCAAGGGACAGACAGAUCUUGGACUGGCAUUUUGCUAAUCUGGAGUUUGCCAACGCCACACCUCUUUCAACCCUUUCUUUAAAGCACUGGGACCAGGAUGACGACUUUGAGUUCACAGGCAGCCACUUGACAGUUCGGAACGGAUACUCGUGUGUUCCUGUUGCUCUGGCAGAGGGACUGGAUAUCAAACUGAACACAGCUGUGCGGCAAGUCCGCUACACAUCAUCAGGUUGUGAAGUAAUUGCUGUGAACACCCGCUCCACCAGCCAGACCUUCAUUUAUAAAUGUGACGCUGUGCUGUGCACCCUCCCCCUGGGUGUCAUGAAGCAGCAGCCUCCUGCCGUGCAGUUUGUACCACCACUUCCUGAAUGGAAAACCUCAGCCAUCCAGAGAAUGGGCUUUGGAAACCUCAACAAAGUGGUGCUGUGUUUUGACCGUGUCUUUUGGGACCCCAGUGUUAACCUGUUUGGCCAUGUGGGGAGCACCACAGCCAGUCGGGGGGAGCUCUUCCUAUUCUGGAACCUGUACAAAGCUCCAAUCCUACUGGCCCUGAUGGCUGGGGAGGCAGCUGGCAUUAUGGAGAACAUCAGUGAUGAUGUGAUUGUGGGGCGCUGCCUGGCUAUCCUCAAGGGAAUUUUCGGUGGCAGUGCCGUACCGCAGCCUAAGGAGACAGUGGUGACACGCUGGCGGGCUGAUCCUUGGGCCAGAGGCUCCUACUCCUACGUAGCCGCUGGGUCAUCUGGGAAUGACUAUGACUUGAUGGCACAACCGAUAACACCAGGACCUGCCGUUCCUGGAGCUUCGCAGCCGGUUCCCCGUCUGUUCUUUGCCGGUGAGCAUACGAUUCGCAACUACCCAGCCACUGUCCACGGAGCCCUGCUCAGCGGUCUCAGAGAGGCAGGGCGGAUUGCAGACCAGUUCCUGGGAGCCAUGUACACCCUGCCACGCCAGGCAACGCCCGGAGUCAACCCCCAGCCCUCUCCCAGCAUGUAGACCACAGAGCGGAGAGCAAAUCAAUCUGCUCAAUACACAAGAACUGAGCUCGGCUGUGUUUGUCUGUGCCGUGCAGUUGUUGUGGUCUCCAUUUACACCUUGUUGUUGUUGUUGUUGAACUGGUGCAAGAAACUGGAGAUGCACAGUCAUCUCGACAAAAAAAAAAGCUAGUGGAGAACGUCUUGGAGAUCCAAAGUAAGCUCGACAAAAAAAGCUUAACAGGGAGGGUCUUGGUGCACAGCAGUCUGAACACAUUCAAUCGCGUUUUGUUUUUAUUAUUCAACCUUGGUCCUCGACCGAACCCAAAGUUGGUUGGUUGAGGGGUGGGGGUAUCACACAGAUUCUGAAGAUUACCGAGAUGGGUUAGGGUCCACUGUAGCAUUUCACACUAAUGUACAAAGUAAUAGGGAUGUGUCAGUCCUCUACCCAACCAGAUGGACAUUACAUAAAAAUCCAUUAGUGGUAUAGUCCUAUUGCUUUGUUAACGCCUACAACUGAUUCAUUGCAUUCCUUUUCCGUGGCUAGGUAUUUAUUAAACAGUCGUACUAAACACAAGCUCAUACUGUCUAUGAGAUUAGGAAACUUGACGAAGCCAGUAUUUGUUUGUCUGGAAACAGUAACGAAGACAAGCUGUAAUGGUCAUGUAGCCAUUUUAGCUUUUUUAUUUUUUUUAUUUUUUCUUGAUUUGGUGUACAACAUGAUUACAGUACUUUGUAAGAUUUGAUUUGACAUUCAGUGCAGCAAUAUCAAACUGGGUUGAAAAUGGAUGUAUUUGCCUAUUUUUUUUCCUUUGUUAGGUUAGGAAGUUAGGUUUUGCUCAGCGUCUAAUUAUCGGUUAAGUUCCUAGGCUAGCCAGUGCCGGAUGCACUCAUAGCAUUAUCAGUACUGAAAUGUUUCCACUUUGUAGAGCUGCUGUAACCCCAUAGUCAAUUUUUAGUUCAACAAAGUCACCUUUGACCAUUUUGCUUCGUAAUGGUGUGGGAGGUUUUGGGGCAAUUAAAAAAAUAAAUAAAUACAUUUCAUGGUAUAUUUUUGUAGGGUUUCUUUCUGGUAGUAUCUAUUUUAGUUAGCACAUGGUUUUCAGUUAUUUUUUUGUUACUGCAUUCUUUUUUAUAUUUUGAUGAACGCUCUUGAAUAUAAAACAAUAAACAAAUUACAUCUUGUCUUAAUUGCGUAAUGGAAAGAUAGAAAAGGUGUCCUAUUUAUGGCUUCAAAUGCACUUUUAUUAUCUCUCAUUUGUUUGCAUACAGUUCUAAUGUCGUUUUUGUUUUCCAGAAUUGACACAGCUUCCUAUCCUAGUUCAUGUCUUGUGUUAUUGCUAAUGGGACUGCUCAUGCACAGGUGGGUUCCUAUUACCUGUAACAAAGUGAACUUGUAUGGCUGGUUCCGCAAAUCCCAUUAGCACUAGUCUUGCUUACCUAAUGUUACUUCAGGUAAGGUAGUCCAAGGUUAGUGCUAAUCAGGUCCUGUCAAACCAGCAGGAUAAAUGGGGUAGACUUGAGUCGGACUGAAAUUUCUACCAAUUUAACACCGUUUUAGGUCUUAAAUACUAAAUCUUGCAUAACAUUACCACAUGAUGUGCCUAUUUUAUUUACUGAAAUUCGCUUAUAAAGUUGUAUUACAAGUUAUUUAGUUACCUCCAGUGUACCUAAAUGGAAUGUGUUUUCAUUUUGAGCUACUGUUCCAUUUCCAAGUUACUUUCUGGCAAUGCUUCAUUUCUAGGAAUAAAUUUCAUCUAGAGAGUUAUCAGAACGUUUGUAGUUCUGCCAAAAGUCACCAUUGACAAGGUGGAAAUACUGUCUGAAGGCCAGGCUCAGUAAAUCAUUAGGAGUGGCCAAUAGACGAUAAAAUAAGAAGAAACUUGUGCCAUUUAGAGAAGAAUUUUGAAAAGGAGUGUCCUUGUAGCAGUUGUCUUAAUGUAUAACUUUUUAGCAUUUUAUGAUGUUGUCUUGUUGUUUAGUUUUUAAAUAUGUGGAUAAAUGUAUUUUUUAGCAAAGUCAGAAUCUGGAUAAGAGCAGAGAAAUUAUUAAAUAAACCUUGGGUAUUCCAUUUAAUUAGAAUGGAGCUUUAAAAUCACACACUGUGGUGGACUGGGCAUAAUUCUCCUGUAGUGACUGCUCCUGAAGCGUUAGUCCACUUCACUAAACACUUGUCUGGUUAGCACUAUUUCAAAGUACAGUUGAUUAUUUUAGGGGAUGUGAUGCUACUGAAAGUCAACACCAUGCUGGCGUUAAGAUCAAAAGGGAAUAAAGCAAGAGCAAGCAUUUAAAGCUGCAGUGCCCCUCAGUAAUGUACAGUGUUAGUCUGAAAUGAUAGUUGGGUGAAUGUGUGCUGCAUUUAAUAUCCUGAGGUACCCUCAGAAUCCGGACCUUGUUGGAUAUAUCCAGUUUGUUUAAAGGUAAUUCCAGUAAAGGUAACUCCAAUGACAGAUGGGAAAGGUGUGUACAAGUGGUAAUCAAAAAUGCAAUAUGUACUAUGAAAGUUGUUACACCUUUAAUGGCCAUAUGGUGCAUUUGCAGAAAUGAACUGGUCUAUUGCCACAUUUUAUAAUUUUUCCCAUGUGUAUCAAUUAAUGUAAGCCCACUUCUGCAACUUUGCUAAUUUUAAGGUUAUUUUUCCUACUUUGCAUCCAUGCAAAUGUGAGGAGCAUUUUAAAUAUCAUCACCUUUUAACAGCUACCACAUCUCGUAUGAAGCUAAAAUAAUCAUAAAAUGAGCAAAACUUCACAAGGGGGCGUACAUGCUUUCCCAUACAUAUGGAAAGAAAUAGGAGUUGCUUUCUGCAAAUAUACCCUGCAGCAGUUCCAUUAAAGGUGAAGCAACUAACAUUAUAAAUAUUUCAUUUUUUUGGCUGUCCCUUGUAGGCAGAAUUCCCUCCCUUUUUUUAGGCUUCUUGUUGCUUAAAAUAGCAGAGUGGUGUUUUGUAUACUGAACAUUUUACAGGAAACACAUAUAGAGCUGAUAUUUUCAACAUGGACUUUAAAACAGAAAAGUAUGACUGGAUCAUAAAACCAGCGUUAAAAUGAUAUGGAGCAGGAGGCUGUUGACGGGGCUUAUAUAAACCCUGAUCAGGGCAGGGAUCAAAGUGAUACACAGCGUAAUGAUGCAGUGCUUUGUUAACGGUACUUCUAUUUUAAUACCAAAGAGCCAGGUGUCUGGAUGCUUUGUUUUGGAGGCAUUAGUUUAUAGCAGAUGAUAGCGCUUUAGAAAACUGAACAGACAGCUUAGUUUAGGAUCUCUUGAACUGAGCACGCCUGGAGAAGGCAUAAUGACAGAGUGUAUUCAGUGAGGGGAUUAAAGUGUAGCCAAUGGUUAUACUGCAUUUGUAUUAUAGUGCUAACUUGAUGUUUAAAUGGAAUUAUAUAGAGAAAGCUUUGAAGCUGGAUUUGUAUUUUAUCCAAUAUGCAUUGGUUAAGACUAUUGAAUGAGGUCAUAAAUAAUGUGUUUACUAUCUUUGCAAUGGUGCCAACAUGAUACUAUUUAUGGUAAAGGAGAAACAACAAUAGAGAAUAACAGGGAACACCUUUAAAAAGGCAAGAAAUGAAAAAAAUAAUUAUUUUUUCUUUUUUUUUUCUUUUUUCAUUUCUUUUUGACUCUGGCAUUGCCAGCAAUAUGCGAUACAGGGUGCAUUUGGGAGGACUUUAGCAGUUCAUAUUUUAGUUUAGAAUUGAGCAGGAUUGUGGGGCAUUGGAGCUUUAAUUCAUUUGAUUUUAAUCAUUAAAUUACAGCCCUGUGUUUUACUGCUUAGUUUAUCACAGUUAUGAUAUAUGGACUAUAAUAAAUGCUGGCAGUUGGCAAGUGGAGCUGUAAUUUAUUGCAUGUCCAGUAGGUGGUUUCUAAGUAGCUUAAAAAAAUAUAAGGACUUUGCUACCUGAAAUGAAGUAUAAGGAAGUUGCUGUCUGACUUAAUCAUUUUCUUUUUUUUUUUAUCUGUUUAAGACACAAAACCAUGUGUCCACUUUUCUGAAUAGAUUCUAAUUAGGGUUAAACAUAGCAAAUAACACCACACUUCAAGGUAAAGCUUUACAGCAAUACCCUUUAAAUAGUUCUAGAAUAGUUUUUUAGAAUUGUUACAAUGUGAUAAUGUUCCGGAGGUGGGCAUGGUCCACACAGAGGCAGGCUGGAGCUGCCAGGAGUGCUCCUUCAACUGAUCUCUCACCUGCAAGGAACAUUCCUUACCAUAUUAGGAGAACUGCACUUGCAAGGGAAAUACUAAAGGUACAGUCCUUAAAGAGGUACUUUAUAUUAAAGGCUGAAUUUCUUACCUGUUUAAUAUUAUCCUGUUAUGUGCUUUCGGUGUUUUUGUUUGUGAGUUUAAAUUACAACACCUGAAGUCACUUUUUGUUUUUGUGGCUUUUUAGCUUUACAUACAGCAUUCUUGUGUAGCUUUAGGAGUUGUAGCAACAUGACGUAUAAUACCUGUUCUGUUUUUAAAAUUCUUAGCAUCCUUUGUGUUGCACACCUAACAUACAACUCAGGAGACAGUCCCUUAAAACAGUAAGAGGCCCCUCUGUAACCACUACUUA